UUUACUUUUUUGAAUACCGGGAUAUUAUAUAUUUAUAAUUUCAUAUUUUAAAGAAAAUACUUUUCUAACAAUUAUCUAAUAGACACAAAUUGCAUUUUGAACGAGUAUAAUAUAAUUAAUCGUAGUUAUAAGUAUUUAAAGUUUAGACGAGCGGUGUAGUAGACUAUCUUUUGGCGAGGGACUAGCUGCGCCACACCACUCCGCUCGUCUAAACAACUUACUGAUUGUUAACUUUUUGUUCGAAAUCAGAUUAUUAUACAGGUAAGUACUGACAAUUUCAGAAAAAUAUUUUAAAGAAAUUGAAAAUGUGCCUAUAAUAUGUUGUUAGAAGAUUGGUCUUCCAAUCCCUCGAAAACGACAAAUUUGUUUCGUAAUAGCUUUGAAUAAAAAAAUAAAACGUUUAACACUUUCCGAGUGUUUGCUUUUAAACGAAUAACCAUUAUACAUAUAUAUGUAUAAUACAUUGUACAUAUUAUAAACUUAAGCGGAAUAAUCGGCUUGACCGUGAAAAUUAAGCACGUUUUUCCCCCAACGUUACGGCUAUUAUAUAUUUGUUUAUAUUGAGGUGAAUUACCUAUACUUACCGGCAAUAAUAUAAUAAUAUCUUUUAAAAAGCACUGUUUUUUUUCGUAAUUUUACACGGUUGGCUUUAAUGAAUAUAUUGUGAUUAGUUAGUUGGUUGAACUAGAAAUGAGAUAUAAAAAAAUGCAUGAAAAAAAAUACACGUUGUCAUUAUUUACUCAUGAAACAUCAUAUUAUCAUGAUUCAUGAGCGGCGCAAAAACCGUCAAUGGUAUCGUCGUCAUUGUCGUCCACGCGGAUCUGAAAAAUGGCCAGGGCCAGAUUUACGCCUAGGCCAGCAAAUUUUUGGGGGUGGCAAAUUUUGUAAGAAAUUGAAAAAAAUAUAGUAUAAUUAAUUGUUUUGUUUAUAAUUACUACUGACCUAAUUUGUUUAUAAUAAAAUUAAUUUAUUAGUUUAGUAAAUACUACAUUUUUUUUCUUGGGGUACGGGCGGCAUAUUUAAAAGGGCCUGUUCUAAAUCCGGCACUCCAAAUCGUGCUGUGGGUCAGCCGCGUAUCGAAUUUCGUUUUUUUUGGUCGAUCAACUCGCUUGUUUACCAACAACUACAACCACGAUUGAGGUUGGUGUAUCACGCGCGUUCUCUACGGAGCAACCGAAUCCACCGUUUCGCCCGUCAUGAACGGUUUUUUUUUUCAAGAGUAUAGUUUACUCAAUUUAUAAUCUUAAUAAACGCCUUUGACGUUUUUCCAUUAUUUUCCCGCCCCUCGCGCCGGCUGGUACAUGUGCGCAUUAGCUAUCCGCUGAAAAUACAUUUACGCUCAUAUAGGAUCACAAUUCACUUACGAUCCGCGACGGAUAAUGUGUAUACCUACACCUCUAUAUAACGGACUUGACAUUCGUCAUUACGUGAGCAGCACACGCCAUAUAUAAUAAUAAUAUGUGAAUGUAGUACUGAUGCGGCUACAUCAGGGGGGGGGCGAGUGGCCACUGCACGUGAUGCAGCAACCGGGAACGGGCUCCGCAGCGCAGAAAAUAUUACAUUCGCGAGCCAACUUUUGUUUGUGUUUACCUUUUUUUUCGUUUUGUUUUUAUUUUGCUAUUUUUUCCAUGAGACUUCUUUCAGUAGAAGGCUAUUCACACGAAUGAAACAUUAUGCUCUGCGUGUUUCAAACUUGGUGUGCUUUAAAUAAGGGUCGAAAACACGCCAGAGGUAAUUUCGGGUGACAGUUUAGUAGGUAUAAUUUGUUUAAAUUAAUUAAAAAGACAAUUUGUUUGAAUUUAGUUUUAAUACACAAAAAGGUUAUUAUACAAUAAUAUUAUAAUACGUAACGUAUCUAUAGGCGCGUGCCAUCCAUGUAAUACGCGAGGCGGUUAUUUCAUUAUUCGCGGUAUUAAAUUUUUUUUUUAAUUUUUUUUUUUCGAAAACGAUAACGACGAUGAAAAAGUUUUACGACCGCACUCGCACAACGGUGCGCUAAACGAAACGACGGCUAUUUAAAGCAUCCCGCCGCAGAUGUCAAAAGUAUACGCUGAACGACGGCCAAACGGGCAUCAUAUAUUACUUAUAAAUAUUAUACGUACACAAUAUAAUAAUAAUAAUAAUAUAUCAUAUCCACCGGGCACGCGUCCCGGGUUGAUGAUCCAAACGCGCGGUUCCACUCGGACGACUCACCUUAUUACCCAAUUAAAAUGUGCACGACGAAAGGUCGAAACGUUUUCGCGUCGUCUGCAGGUCGCGGAUACUUUUGGUUGUUUAAUUUUUUCCUCCACUCUUCAGCGGGACGACCGCACAAUUAUCAUAAUGAUAAUUUCGAGAUCACCACGUUACCUGCACUGCCCACCCUGAGGGCCGAGGCCACGACGGAAAGGAACGACGGUCAAGCUACAAGUUGGUGUCGUGCACGAUGAGUCAGUGUCACGCACGAAAAGUCGGUGUCGCUAACGAUAUGAGUGCCCUCUGCGCGAAGGUAGGUUCUUUCGGUUUUAAAAAGAAAACUCGCAACGCGUAUUAUUAAUGUUUUGUCAUCGACCGGCAUUUUCGGCGCUCUUGCUCGAGCAUUGUGCUCGAAAUGGUAGAUAUACAAUAUAAUAUAUUAUUAUUAUUAUUUACUGUUGAGCCUCAGGUGGUGGACGACAGUUGGCGGCAAAAGUCACAGCACGGUCGGCGUAUAAUAUAUACGUAUACUGCAGGUAUAUAUUAUAAUAGCAGUCAUACCGGUGGUGGUGGUGGUGGUGGUGGUGGCGUCCCGCCGAUGAUUGACGCGUCGAAAUAAAACGCGAUAAUAAAUCAACCGUUUGCGAAUAUUAUUAUCACCAUUAUUAAUAUUAUUACCGUAUAGUUUGAAACGGAAAACCUCAGUCCCCGCAGCAACCACCCCCACGUCAUCGUCUCCAUCCACGACUCGCGCACCAGUACCUGUACACACGGCGUAGAUAUAUGUUAUUAUUAUUAUAUUACAAUUUACAGCAUUAUCACGCGGCUGCCUCCUCCGCCGUCCCGUUCUGCCCCUCGCGCGACCGCCAUCAUCAAUCGGCCGCGUACGUUUCCCAGCACGGUCAUAGAUUGGUGGGUUAGCCGGGAUGGUGGGUGGUGUUGGGUGGAUGGGCAGAGGGUUAUGGCUGCAACGACUUUAUUAUUCGUAUGCUCGCGGAUGAUGCGUAUAAUGACCGAGUGACGGGGGUGAGUGGUGCGGCGCGAGGGUGAAAGGACGAUAGAGAGACGCGUAGGGAGAUAGAAUCGGAGAGACGGAGAGACCGCAAUGUUCCACAGUCGAUGUGGCGGAUCCACACUGUGAAGUGGUUGUAUAAUAAUAAUAUUAUAUUUUGUACAUACGGAUGUGUGCAUAAUAUCCGUUAUGUUUUCUAUAACGUAAUUAUCGUAUACCACCGCCGCGUAAAUGCAAUUAAAAACUCUGUCGGUCCUAUAGAUAUAUAACGAAACGCGUGGUGGCGUCGAGCGUUUCUAAUUUUGAUUUCCUCCCGAAUCGUUUUGUGUCCCGAUUUCGUCCAUAAUAUCUUUUCGGGGUCUAUAUCUCUACUAUAGCUCGUCGGAAGCGUAUACUGACUGGCAUGAUAUUAAAAUAUAUUAUUAUUACAAUAAUGGUUAUAUAAACAAACAAGAUCUGGUCUUGGCGGGUUUAGUUAUACGUAACGAUGACACUUUGUAGCGCGUUCCAUAUGGGACCGUGUCUAACAAAAACGUGAUUGUCAAGUAACAUAUUAAAAUAUUGUGUUGCAACAAAAUAACGAGUUGCAAAUAAAUUACUACGUUUUUCGUUUAAACAAACAAUUUUUUUUUUUUGGAUUAAUUUAAUUGGCAAUCCAAGAGACACCUGUAUAAUAUUAUAAUAAUACGCAUCGAUACAUAACAUUAUAAUUUAUACCAAUUAUGUUUUUUUACCAUAACGGGUUUUUACAGACAACAGUUUUAGUACCUACCUACUUGAACUAUGUAGUGAUUCAUUUUUUCCCUGAGAUUCAUUCAUAUUAUAAUAUUGCACCAUUACAGAAACGUUAUAUCUACAUAAACAUAAUAUAUUUAUUAAACAUAAUAAUAUAAUAGGCAGAUACAUAGGAUAAUCUUUAAUGGACGAUUUAUUAAAUUAUGAUUCUUCGAAUUUUCCAGUUUACCGGUCAAAGAUCCAGCUUUCAAGUAGAGGUAGCUCCUAUGCGUUUAAGAAAAAUAUUAUCAGCUAACAUCAAUAACAUCGAACAUAAAAAGUCACAUAGGUUGUCAAGGUAUAUUGAAAUCGAUCAAUUAAGACUUUUUGGAGUGCUGCACUUUUUGGCCACCUUCAGGUGUGUCUGGCAGCCGAACCGAAUUAUCGAACGCACCGUCAUGCGGGACGUCCGCUGCUGUUGACGCGGUUGGACGACAGACUAUAAAUAGUCGUACUGAUAACGGCUAUCGUCCAUUGAGUAGCUUUGAUGAUAAUAUGACGUUAAGUCGGUGGCGAUGACUGUCGUCGCCUCGGUGACGACGACGACGACGACGACGGAGACGAUCGUGACAGACACUGCGACCACACCGCAUCGAUGACGGGAACGACAACGUGGUCGGCUGCGACCGCGGCGGCGGUUCCGUCGGCGGCCGCGGACACGUGGUAGUGUGCGGCCGCUCAACCGGUUCGGUCGCUGUUCGCGGUCGUCGUGUGCGCCUGGCGUCGGGCGACAACAGCAACAACAACAACAACAACCAAAACAACACCGACAACACCGAGGCGGCGGCGGCGGGGGCGGCGGCCGUCACGACGGCCGCUCGUCCACGACUGCGACGCGACUGACGGUACGUCCCGCUGGCCCGCUGACCGCGUCGCGGCGACCACCACUGCCCGCGCGCGCACACCGGACGUCCCGAACACACGCGAACAAGGCACCGUCCGUCCACGCUUACCAACGACCGCCGAACACCCGCCGCCGGUGGCCGGGCCCGAUGAACCGGACCGAGUGCCAGACGCUGCGCGACUCGCUGGUGUGGAGAGACGCGCAGGUGUUGAGCACCCUGGCCGGCCUGUCUUUUAUCGCGCUCAUCGUGACCGUCGGCAACACGCUCGUCGUGGCCGCCGUGUUCAACAGCUCCAAGCUCCGGUCGCCCACCAACACGUUCAUCGUUUCGCUGGCCGUGUCCGACCUCAUGGUCGGCGUGGCCGUGUUGCCGUUCAGCGCCACCUGGGAGGUGUUCAAGGUGUGGCUGUUCGGCGAUUACCUGUGCUCCGUGUGGCUGGCCGUGGACGUGUGGAUGUGCACGGCAAGCAUCCUGAACCUGUGCGCCAUAUCGCUGGACAGGUACCUGGCCGUCACCAGGCCGGUGCAGUACCCGAGCCUGAUGACCAGCUUCCGGGCCAAGGUUCUGGUGGUGAUCGUGUGGGUGCUGAGCUUCGUCAUAUGCCUGCCGCCGCUGGUCGGCUGGCGGGACACCCACAUACCGCCCGAGGCGUCCACGGUGCUCAUCCGGAACGAGCUGUACCGGAACGGCACCGGCGGCCGGCCGCAGCAGGAGGCGCUGCCGCCGUCGUGCCCGUGGAUUUGCGAGCUGCCCAACAACAAGUGGUACGUCGUGUACUCGGCGCUGGGCUCGUUCUACAUACCGAUGUUCGUCAUGCUGUUCUUCUACUGGCGCAUCUACAAGGCGGCCGUGCACACCACCCGGGCCAUCAACCAGGGGUUCCGGACGAUGCGCAGCCGCCGGACGUUCGGCAACCGGUUCGACGAGCAGCGACUCACGCUGCGCAUACACCGGGGCCGCGGCUCGUCGCUCAAGCACGCGGCCACCGCAUCGCCGUCGUCCGCUGCCGUCACCGCGGCUAACGGCCCGGGAGGCGGCUCGCCGGACGUGAACCGGCCGCCGAACAGCCGGCGGCCGUCGGUCCGGCGCAGCAACCACGAGCGGAUCAAAAUCAGCGUCAGCUACCCGAGCUCGGACUGUAUAAGCGCAGCGGCCGCCGCCGCGGCCGUGGCCACUGUCACUACGGCCACCACAUCUGUGGACGCCAACGGAAACUCGCCGCCCGAGACGCUUAGCCAAAAGUCGCGGAGCUCGUUCUCGUCCACGACGUCGCCGACCAGCUCCAGUCCACUGUACGCCGUCCACUACACGGCGGCCGAGACGUACCAUCACCAGCGGGCCGCCACCGUCCGGUCAGUGGCCGACACGUCCGCUUGUCAGCUGCGUGUGGCCGGUGGCAGCCGGAAGGAACACCGCCGGUGCAGUGCCGGCGACACGGCCUCGCCGCACUCGCGUCUCCUGUUGACGUCGUCGCCGGGCGGAGACCAUCACCACCAUCACCAGCACGGUGGCGGAGGAUCAGCGGUCGGACGACCCGCGUCCUGUUCCGUCACGUCGGUCAAAGACCAACUGUCGCCGUCACCGUCGUACGACGAGUCCACUGGUGGCGGUGGCGGCGGUGGUGGUGGCAGUAGUGGUGGGGCAGGCGCGAGCGGGGGAAGCGACGUCGGGCUCGGGCGCGGCGGCCUCGGGUCCUCGAACAGCAAGUCCAAGUUUGCGUCGAAGAUGAUGGGCGGUGGCAAGCGGAACAUCAAGGCCCAGGUGAAGCGGUUCCGGAUGGAGACCAAGGCGGCCAAGACGCUGGGCAUAAUCGUCGGCGGUUUCAUCGUGUGCUGGCUGCCUUUCUUCACCAUGUACCUGGUACGGGCUUUCUGCCCCACGUGCAUACAACCCACCCUGUUCUCCGUCAUGUUCUGGCUGGGCUACUGCAACAGCGCCAUCAACCCGAUGAUCUACGCGCUGUUCAGCAAGGACUUCCGGUUCGCGUUCAAGCGGAUCAUAUGCCGGUGGUGCUGUUGGGCGUCCGCAAGCGACUCGACGGGCGGCGGCGGACUCACCGUCGCCGACUACGGCCGCCGCAAGGGGUCGGAUGGUUCCCAACUGGGGGCCGGCGGCCACGGCGGCGCGUCGCCCCGGAACAGGUACAUCGUGACGAGUUCAGGUGCCGGGGCCGCGGGUUCCGACGAGUGCAGCACGCGCAGCAUGCGGCUGCUCCAGUACUCGGACAGCGAACCGCUCAACGAACCGUGUUCGGACGACAGGUGAUGGCCACUGCGCGAGCGGCCACUGCGCCGCUGUAAUGAUGUUACUAUAAAAAUAAUAUAUUAUAAUACGCAGGUACGACUCCUGUUCGGUGCGACUAUUGUUUUCGCAUUAUUAAUUAUUAUAACUAUUAAACGAAAUAAUAUAUUAUAUACAAAUACACUAAUAUAAGUUUAUGAUUAUAAUUAUAAUUAUUAUUAUUAUUAUUAUUAUUAUUAUAUACGAUAAAAUAUUAUUAUGUGUUUCCGUUACCCACUCAUUAUUAUUAUUAUUACUAUUAUACGCAUUGUGUAAUUACAUAUUAUUAUUAUUAUUAUUAUUAUUAUGUUUACCGACAUGAUUACAUGAAUAAUAUUAUGUUUUUUAGUUUCGUCUGUAACGUCUUAGGUCGAACGAAUACUACUGCAAACACGAGUUCUGUUGCUUUGUCGUUUACCGACCGAUCGUCCUCAUAAUGAUAUUAUUAUUUAUACAACACACAAGACAUCGACUCACUCCGUUUAUAAUAUAUAAUGAUAUUAUAGCAUAUAAUAUGAUAAUAGAGUUGGCGGAAUUGUUUUAAAACAUUUUUUAUUUAAUUUUUCAACGAAAUUCGCUAUAAAUAGCGGUAUGUCAACGCCCUCGAAAAAAAAUCGAAAAAAACGGUCUACGAGAGCAGUACUUUUGAAGGGUAUAAUUAUUAUGGUUAUAUACACAAUAUAAUACACAGGGUGAGCACGGUAACCAUCCCCUUUUUUCUUUAAUAACGUAGUUAGUCAAAAUCUGUUUUUUUAAAUUUGUAAAUAUCCUAGAGGACGCUAUCGUUUCGGGAAAAAUGGUUGUUCGUUUUCCACUGCUGUAAAUUACUCGCUGACGAUUUUUCCGAAAACUUUGACGUAAAAAUUCGAAUGAGUAGUUUUCGAGUUAUUCAACCAUUCGAGUUUACCGUAACGAUAACAGGUCCAUGAUAAGAAAGAUGGAAGGUACGGGGGCUACGGGAACUACGGCGAUCCGAACAUUUUCUGUUAGGUAAUAUUAAUCCAUCGACAUUGAUAAUAAUAUUCUCAAACUUGGUCCUGGUAUAAUAAUUGACACUAAAUCCAAUUUUACACCCAAUUUAUGUUUUAGUAAAACCAUUUUUAAGGACUAUUAUCCUCGAUUUCAAUCUCACUUUUAUUCACAUUUCAAUUUAACUGAAAAACUACUCGUUUGAAUUUUCGAAUUGCGUAAAUCAACACAUAAAAAUUAAAAGAACCACUAAAUAAUUUACAUUAAAAGGGAAAGAAGGGUUCUCUUUAGAAAAACAGAGUAGUUUGUAUGGCCACGGCACACACCACCAUAAUAGGACGAAAAUAUUCUUCAAGAAUUUUAAAAAAUGGUCUUUGAUUUUUCUAUAGUAACCUAUAUGUAUAUUAUAUUUAAAAUAAAAAAAAAGGUAAUUGACUAAAAAUCAAACGAAAAAUGGGGGCGACCAUGCUUGGUGAAUCACCCUAUAUAUUAUAUAUUUUUUUUUUAUCCCGCCAUUUAGAUAAUAAAAAAUAUUCAAACUCGGCACAAACAGCAUAAAUAUAGGUCAUAUUCUCGUAGGCCGUUUUAUUUAUGUCCACUUACUCAAUUGAAUCGAGCUCCGUGUAAUUUAUCACCGCACGAUUUUUACGUAAAACUCGCGAAACUCAAAAACAAACAUAAACCAUACCGCCCCAUAUAUUUUGGACGAUAUUUUAAAACAAAACACGCAUACCACCUGCAGCACACUCCUCGGUUGAUUAUAACUGUCGACAGCCGAUCUGGUGAUUCCUAAACAAUCCGCUAAAAACGAUUUUUUUACCUAUUUUAACGUAAAAUUACGGUUUUACUAAAAAUAGGUAGGUAUACUUACCUACAAUAAUAAUAUAUUUUAACGAUUAAUCAUACGCACUUCAAUAAUGGUUGCAAACCGAAUCGGUUGUUGUACGCAUUUUAUUUAGCAGCACUUGGAAAUAGACAAAAACAUAAUAUUAUGCGCUUUUUCGCGAAUGGUAAAAAUGUUGCUGAACACGGUGAAGCGGGUUAGAUUUAAAUCGGAAGAAAAUAAAAAAAACCUAACCCGUUCAGCGAUAGGUUUAGAAGAGUAAAUUGUAUAAUGAUAUAACUAUAGUAGAAUAACAAUUGAUACUACUAACCCACACAAAAUAUUGGACAAAACACAUAAUACCAUGUUUGAAAAGUAAAAUAAUCAAAUCAAGCCAAAGGUUAAAGUUUAAUUUUAAACUUAAAUCGACAUAAGCGGAUGUCACCGUAAGAUAUAUAAACGGAAUAAAUAACUGUAAAUGGUACGAAAUUUCGUCCAAAACUUACUGAAAAUUUAAUAAUAAAUCGUUCAAUUUCACUAUUAUUUAACGACUUAAAUUAUUUAAUUUAUGCAGAAAGUUAAAUUUUUGUGUCUCUACAUCGAGCCCGCGACGAGUAAACAUAAUGUUUGUUGGAAAAUUAUUGCAUCGUCCUAAUACCCACCCUAACUCUAAGAGAAUAUAAAAAUGUCAGGUAUUUAUAAAGUAUAUACGAAUAACACAAUUUAUGUACCUAACGAUAUAUUAAUUAAUAUAAUAAAUCAAA